UCUUGCUCCUCCCCCUUCUCCCUUCUCCCUCCUCCUCUUCGCAUACCCCCUCCCCUUUCUCCUCCUGCUCGCUCUCCCUUCCUGCUUCCCGCCCCACUCCUCCGGGCUCCCUCUCCCUCUUCUUUUCCUCUCCCUUCCCCCUCCCCCCUGGCUUCCCCCUUCGGACCCCGCCCCCCGGCCGGAUCCCCGCCCCUCCAGGUCUCCGCCCCACCCCCAGGCCCAUCCCCACCGCCCCAGGCGCCCGCGAGCAGAGCUCUGGCUCUCGCCACAAAAGCCUCCUGGGCUCGGGGAGGGUUCGGGUGGUUCGGGUCCCCUCCGCUCCGUCCGCCUCGCCCACCGCCCGGCUAACACUCAUGGCCCCGUCUUUCCGGCCCAGCCGAAGCCGCCCCGGGCGGGAAGAGGAGGACUUCUGGGAGGCGAAGGGAGACCGAAAGGCCAGGAAGCCGCUGGUAGAGAAGAAACGGAGAGCCCGGAUAAACGAGAGCCUGCAGGAGCUGCGCUUGAUCCUAGCUGACGCCGAGUUUCAGAUGAAGAUGGAGAACGCGGAGGUGCUGGAGCUCACGGUAAAGCGGGUGCAGGGCGUCCUGCAGAGCCGGUCCCUGGAAUCGGACAAACUCCAUCGGGAGGCCAGCGAACGCUUCGCAGCCGGCUACAUCCAGUGCAUGCACGAGGUCCACACCUUCGUCUCCACUUGCCCGGGCAUCGACGCCGCCAUCGCCGCCGAGCUCCUCAACCACCUGCUGGAGUCCAUGCCCCUCAACGAAGGCGCCGGCUUCCAAGCCCUGCUGGGAGACGUCCUGGGGGAGGCCGCGGCCGCCGGCCCCGGGGGCGGCCUCUGGCCCGGGGGAGACGGCUUGGGCUCCCCCGGGGGCCCCUUGUCCCCACUGCCCAGUCCUCUGUCGCUGUCACCCAGUGAGGACAUUUGCUCUGACCUAGAAGAGGCCUCAGAGGUAGAACUGAGCCAGGUGGCCCAGGAAGGGCCGGAGCCUGCCCUCUGCAUCCCCAGCGGCUUGCCUUCCUCGGCCGUGUCCAAGUGCAUGUGGAGACCUUGGUGAUGAGCUGAGGGGGGAGCUCCUCCAGCUGCCUCGGGGUGGGGGGCAAGGGAGAUGGGCCGCACCUGGCCGGCCCCCCUUCCCCCUUGUCUUCCUCCUCCUUCCUUCCCCCCAGCUUCCCGCUGCGAGGCCAGGCCGGACACAUUGGCUGGAUCCUAGAUCUGGGGGUCUCUCUCUCUGGUGUCUGAAGUUGCAGACGUGCAGGGGAGCUGGCCAGGGGGCUGACAGGCCUGUGCAGUGGAACUUCCCCUAAGCCCUUUGUGGGGUGGGGUGGGGGGUUCAUUUUGUAUAUUUUUCUUUAGCUUUUCUUGGUUCCACCUUUUUCUCUGGGGGAACGGGGGACCAGUAGCCGUCCAGGAAAGGGCCCAGUUUAAAGUUAGUUCCCACCACCACGCCAAAGCCAAGGGCCGGGAGUUUGCUACCCUUUUCUGCCUGUGACAGGGCAUCGGGCGAAGACCUAUGGGCUGGGGUGGCUGGGGAAACUUAGGAACCUGUGAACUGACUUAAUUCUACACAUCACCCAAGUGUCCUAGAGAAGGAAGCACAAAAAAGCCCAGCCAGGGCUUGGUAUUUACUUACUAGUCACUCAUUUAGUCAUUCAACAAAUAGUACCUUGAGUGGAGGGAAGUAGAGGGCAAUGGCAAAGGCCCUGGGCUUGAGGCACUUACAAUCUAAUGAUGAAGAGGGUCCCAUGUCCCCUUUUUCCUGCCAUUAGUGAAAGGGAAAGCUGGCAAAGCCAAGAGGGAAAGGGGGACGCCGGGCACCAGGCAGAUCAUCUGGUGAGAAAAGAAUCUUUCGAGUGGUUUGCGUUGGGCAGACUUUGUAUAUUUUAGGGUACGACCAACUUGAAAAUGUUUCUUUUAAUAAAAAAAAAAAAUUGGAGCUCAUGGGUUCUGGGAGUGUGGUUGUUCUAUUGAAGUUCCUGGAUUCAUUAGUAGAUAAGUAUUUUGUUGAGGAAACACUGAGACUCAGCACUUGUUUCUCAUAUUCAGAAGGUGAAUAUGUUGGACCCCAAUGUUUUCUUUUGGAAAUUUUAAUGCUCAGAGUCAGAUCAGAGAGAGUAAAGUCUCUCUGGAGGCAGACUCUUGGGAGGAGGCAUUUGCAGGACCUCAGAUUGUUCCAGAACCCCCCCAACCUUCCUAAGUAGCAGGAUCCUGCUCUUCCAACUUUGUUUCGGGGUAUUCAGGAAGUCCCAGGUUCUGCCUUGAAACUUCCUGCCUUCUGUGCCCAUCUCUCCUGCUCUUCCCAAAUCUCUCCCGCUCUUCCCAAAUCUCCGGCUCUUCCCAAAAUACCGAGAGGCUCAGAGUGACUGUGUGUGUCUCUGUGUAGUAGUUCCCGGAGUUUGCCCAUUGGGACACGGGGGUGGAGUGGGGGGCAGGGAUGGACUAACUCUAAGGGGAAGAGAUUUCCAGGACCCAGCGACGUCUCGCCGGAGCGGACCUCUCCAAACGAGGGCUCGAAGGACUGGAGACGUCUGGGCACAGCCAUGGGGAGCUUGCUUUGUCGUUACUCAACAUCCCCACCUCUGAUCCAGCUGUCUUCUGGCCCGUGACUUGGUCUUGUCAGAGAGCCUUUGGGAUAAUAAAAUGAAUAUGGAAUUGAUUCAA